UGGCCCGGCCGGCGGGGCCUGUCGGGAGCAUGGCUGCCAGGGAAGCGGGUGGCAGUAUGCUCGGCAGGUCCGCCGAGAAGCUCUUCUCUUUGAGCGGGCUGUUCGCCGUGUAUAAGCCCAAGGGGCCCACCUCGGCCGGCGUGCUCAACCUCCUGAAGGAGAGGCUGCUGGCAGAAGCUGGUGUGCAAACAAAUGGGAACAAAAGAAAUAAGGUUUUGAAAAUUGGACACGGUGGAACUUUGGACAGUGCAGCAGCAGGAGUUCUGGUGGUUGGUAUUGGAAAAGGAACAAAAAUGCUGAAAACUAUGUUGGCAGGUUCCAAGAAGUACACUGCCAUUGGACUGCUGGGCAAAGCUACUGAUACAUUAGAUGCUACAGGAAAAGUAACUGAAGAAAAACCUUAUGACCAGAUAACAAAAGGAGAUCUUGAAAAUGUGCUGCAGAAGUUCACAGGAGACAUAAUGCAGGUUCCUCCACUCUAUUCUGCUUUGAAGAAGGAUGGAGAAAGGCUGUCAACUCUGAUGAAGAGAGGAGAAGCAGUUGAAGCAAAGCCUGCUCGGCCAGUAAGAGUGUACAGCCUCUCUCUCCAACACUUCCAGCCACCACUCUUCACGCUGGAUGUUGAAUGUGGUGGUGGCUUUUACGUCAGGAGCCUGGUCAGUGACAUUGGCAAAGAACUCUCUACAUGUGCCACCAUGCAGGAGCUGACCCGGACGAAGCAGGGGCCGUUUACGCUAGAGGAGCAUGCCCUUUAUGAAGACAAAUGGACAAUUGAUGAAAUUGCACGAUCCUUAGAGCAUUGCACAUCUCUUCUCCCAGGAGAGCUAUCUCAUAAAAGAUUGAAGACAGAGCAUCCUGGUGAAACUGCUGUGAGCUGUGAAGAUAAGUGAUAAGUUGGGUCAAGGAAAAAGACUGAAUGAUUGAGACAUUUUAAGAUUGGAUUGGGAUUGUCUUGCCUCCUGUGUAAAUUUACAAGUCUGUGCUGGGAGAGUGACAAACUGCAGUGUGAAAAAAAAUGGUUCUUUUGUUUUCUGAUGUUAGAACUUGUACUGAAAGUAUCCAGUGCUUGCUGUUUCCUGAUCAGUUUAUUUCCCUUCUUGCACACUGUAAGUGGGUCUGUCACUGAUGGCAAAUCUUCAUAAACUUUCAAAGAACUUGCGGGGUGUGUGUAAUAUAUCUCUUGUUACUAACUCCUCAAUAAAAAAACCAACUCUUAAGGUUUACUAAACAUGCUCCAAAAAACCCAUCUUUUCUUUUUACUGUAUAACUGCUAAUGGAAUGCUAAAAUGUUACUGUGACAAGACUGUCAUAGCUUCAAGAAUGUGAGGGGGCAGUUCUUGAAAUCCAUUUCAGGAAGUGUCCUUUUUACUGUAGUUUUUCCUAUGCAGAUUGGUCAUACAGUCAAAUGUUAUUCAGAAUACAUUCAUGCUAGAUCUCUGAAAGGUGCAGUCAUCGUUACAGGUGUACACAUCUUAUCCUGGUACAAUGUCAUAGCUGUUGACUAUCCAUAAUAUAAAGUAUAGUUAACUGUUAGAACCUCCAUAGGACUUAUGGCAUUUACUUUUGCCAUCUGUGUAUUGCUUGAGCUGUCUCCAGUGAUUUGGGUAGAAGGCUGAGGUGCUUCUGUGCUGUGACUGCUUUGGUCCUGAUUAGUUGCGUGGGCAACAGAGAGAUUCACCAUCGGAUCCUAUCUGAAACCAUUUUCAUUCACUGUGGCAGUGAAGGCCUUUUCCAUAGUUCAUGCAGUCAACAGAAUUUGAUUGCACUGAUUUUUUUUCACCCCUGCUUCCCUUGGGAUUUUCAAAAUGACUAAAAGACAUUGGUUUGAGAAUGCUAAAAGACCUUGUUUCCAGGUGUGUAAUGAACUGUGCUAAAAGGACUUCCCUGUGUGUCUCCAUACAAGUUGGUAGCAGCUCUGUUUUCCUCUUGUCAGAAUGAGAAACAUGAGGAGUAGUUGAAGCAUGUGAAUGGUAUCUGAGAGAAAGCCUUGCUUUUGAAAAUGCCACUGGAAUAUCACCAGAGAGGAAGGAAGGGUCUGGCUGUUGUUACAGUUCUAUGCUGCUGCUGGCCAAGUGGCCUGGUGGGGCUUUGUACAGCUGCUGCACCUUUGAGUUUUAUUUCUGGAGUACAGGGACUUGGCUGUUACUCUAAAGUGACUAAAUUCUGUAAACCCAAGAUUUUGUGCUUACGUUAGGGUGUGUCUUUUAGAGAAAGACAUGAAAAUUUCAUUUAAUGACUCUAUGAUAAUGGAUUUAAUACUUUCUCUGGUAAGUUAUCUUGAUACCUAAUCACCUCCAUUACUUGAAAGAAGUGCUUUAUUUCCAGCUUGGCUUGAAUCUCCAUGUGCUGCAUUUUAUGUUUUGGUCUGCACCUCACAAAUCCAAUUGUAUCUGUUUACUUGUAUUAUGUGAAAUCAUUGAUCAAGAUCUAACUUCACUUUCAAUCUAAGAAAUGGAGUAAAUAUCCUGAAGUUUCUUGUUGCAGGAUACAUUACCAGAUUCUACAGGGAUUUUUUUUGUUUUCUAUAUAAGAAACUGAAGUCUAUGCAAGAUUAAUGAAGCUUUUGUUUAAAGGGAGAAUAAAGUUUAUGUUUUAUAGUUCAGUAAACAGUUUUCUUCUUUUGUAUAUUCUUAUAAAGAACUUAAGGGAAAUGUUGAAAAUAUUGCAAGCAAGUUGAAAUGUUAGAGCACUGUAGCAGCUGCAUAUUUAAUGUAUGAUGUGGAUGAAGUAACCACUGUGAGAAAUUGUUAUUUCAGAGGUGGGAGAAAAGAGUUGGGUUCACUUAAGAGAACAGUAGAUUUUUAGCUGUUGCUUUUCAGGGUGCAUUUUUUGGUACUUUGGAUAGAAACAGAGAAGAAAGAGAUUAUCUAUUUCCUGAAAGAAAUCAAAUAAAGCAGAAAAUGUCAUUUUCCAGUGUACUUAUCUUGAGUGAUCAAAGACAUUGAUUGAAACACAGCUUCUCUUACUGUGUAAGUCUGUAUUUUUGCAAGGACCUAGUUUCCAUUAUCCCAGUGGCCUUCUAGAUUAAGUUCUCAUUUGUCUUUCUGCUUUUUCAUUUUUAAAAAAAGGCCCAGUAGAUAUAAUUUCAUCUGCAGGGAUUUGUUUCUUUAAAAAUUAGUGCAACUAAGAAAUCUUUCUAUUAAUAGGGUACAUUUGUAUACAGUGUUGUGAGUGUCUAGCACAUUUUUUUCUCUCAUCUGUUUGCUUAAUGCUCACCCUGGCUUUCUUGCUAUUCCAUGUAAGACCCUCUGAUACUUCUCAUUUCAUGAGGAAAAUUGUAUUUUCAUCACUUUUUAGGUUAGCUUGCAACUGGGCUGUUGUAAUUAUUGCUAACAGAUCUGUGAUCCUGAGAAGUCAGGUUCUGUUCCGUAGCCUAGUCGCUAGAGAAAAAUAAAAUGGCAAUCAAAAGAAAGCAUUCUGUUGACAUCAGCAAAUUUUGAGUUAGGCUGCAAGUCCUAAUGCCAUAUGGAAAGUGUUAGGGGGAGAAGGAAUGCAGCUGUGCACAUUCAGGAAUCUCCACAAGGUGUGUAGCUAGUGUUUCUAAAGACUGGAGGUCUCUUUCAAUUUACAAAUGCAACUUCCCUCAGUGCUUUUAUUCCUCUAGCAAGUAGAGAGGCUUUCACCAGCUGUAGCUAGACUUUUUGUUUCCUAGGGUGACUCAUCUUCCCCAGUGCUAGCUUCUCUUGCCUUCAGAGAUAAGGCAGAACUUCUUAGUUUCAAAUUAAUGGUGAACUUCUGCCCACAUAGGUUGUGUUGAACCACAGAAGCUACGUCACUUACAGGUUGGGUAUGAAGUAUGUUUGGUUGUGAUUGUAAAUGGCUGGAAAGCACACAAGGCUAUGGCAGACAGCAGAUAGGUGUUCUUAGAAGACACAAUGUAAGGAGCACAUGAACAAGUUAUGCAGUAAGUUUGUUUUAUGACCGCUGGUGAGUAUCAGCCCCAUCCCAGCCCUGAUCAAUUGAGCCAUCUUUUCAAACAUUCAGACUCUGGCUACCUCCCAUUGUCUUUCCUAGGAGCUUGGCGUCACUUGCAUGCUCUUUCCUGGGUACUUUGUGCUUUAGGGGGUCUCUGUCCCUUGAGAUGUUAGUCCCAGUGAGCUGUAAAAGUACUGAAAAAUCUAGAAAUACCUUUUUUUAGAACUGUUUUAAUAAGUGCUUAACCCAGUAUCUUGAAACUAGCCAGAUCUGGAAGUAAGUGUAGUGUUCCCAUGGAAACCUAGGGAAAUAAGCAUUUUAACUUGUUUAUUCUUAUUAAUGCUCGUGUCCCUGAGAUACCAGCCUUCAGAAUUGUGCCACAUCCACAGAAAAAUGGAGGCUUUUCCAGAACAAGAUAUCCUGGAUCUUCAUUACUGACAGUCACGAUGUCUCAGCAUUAAGGGCUAUUUAGAGUGAGAGGAAAAGUGGGUAUGCAGUAUUUCUGAGACUAGUAAAAGAGUUAGUACAGAGUAGAGUGCUUGGAUGAGACAGAGGGUAGUUAAUAGGAAUUUUAUGGUACUCUGGCCAGAAAAUAUGCAUGUCUCUGUGAUUUACCACUUAAAAUAAAUCUGUGACACAGACUGAAGGAUUGGUCUCAUUUUAAUGAGCACUGUUCACGGGGAAGGGCUGGGUACAAAAGCAUGUCUUGCUUUUUGAGCUGAAUAUUGUCUGUCUUGACUUUGGCCUUCUGAUCUUUAGUCCAUAGUAAUAUGCUACUGUCCCUGACUGCCUCCAGUGCUGAUGCUGCUACAGUGAGAUUGACAAGGGCUUCAUGAUUUGUCUCCUCUUUCUUCCAUAUUUAAAUGGUGGGUUUUUUUCUGUGCACUUGAUAAUGUAUUUCUGCUGCCAACGUGUUGAGCACUUUCUAAAUGUUUUUUAAGCAAAAUCAAUAGAAUCUUCUCUUUGAUAUUAAUCAAGUGUGAGCCAUUAGCGAAAUAGUCUAGGAGGGCCUUCAUCAAUGCCUCAGCAUUUAGCGUCUUACCCUUCAGUUGUGUUUUUGAUUUAUGUGUUUAUUAGCAGAAAAUGAAGGCAAACUUUUAAUAACUCACCAAAUUUUGGGAUACCCCAGGGUUUUGUUUCUGAGUAUAAUUGAUGGUGAAGUUGCUAUUCUGGGUGUGAGAUUUUAAUGUCUGGGGUCAUUCUGUUUGCUUGGUAGAGUCAAGGAAUCAGUUGGCAACAGUAUUAAUUUUAUUGAAAGGCCUUAGAGAGAUGAAAUGUUGAGUGCAGGUGUGUAGGUGACAGUGUGACUACAACAUGCAGCCAGAGGGAAUUACAGAGGCAGUGAGCCAGCUUGGGUAUGGUGACUGUCCCUGUUAAAAAGCAGACAUUGUUUUUAACAGCCAGGGCUUUAAUUUGCUGCCUUGAGAGACCUGGUUAAGGAAAUGACCAAUACUUUAGAGCAUGUCAAACGAGCAGGUUUGUCAUCUGGGUCAGGGACAUCAUCUGGAUGCUGAUAUCUCCAUUCUGGGUGAUGAGAUGGUGUAUCUUUUCUUACUGUUGCCGAGAUCAGCUGCUGAGAUUGAAUAAGUGUUGACCAGGCCAAACAAGAAGUUGGCAAUUAAGAGAGGAUAGUUUCAGUGCUCAGGACAAAAAAACUGGACUAUAUUGCAAGAGGAAAAACAUAAUUUUUUCCAGUUGAGUGUUUGGGGAAGCAUUGGAGACACUGCCAUGGCUCAGAGAAAGUGUUAGCAUGGCUGCCUGGGAGAACACUGAUGUUUUUGGUAUGAGUGUUAUGAACUUUAAUCCUCUUCCCUCCUCACCUCUAGCUCAGAAAAAUGGAGUUAAAGCAGCAGCCUCUCCCUGCCUUUUCCAUGUCACAUUGCUGUGUGUUGUGGAUGCUGAAACAAUCCUUAUGCUUAGCCUCUGGGCAGCGAAGGGGCUGGUGUAGCUGGCCCCAAAAGUCAUCAGUAACUGAAAAUGAGUAGAUCAAGAAAUGAGGCAAUGGAAUUUCUAAUGUAAGCACAAAAUACUCUUCCACUUACCAGAUGUAUUCAUCUUGGGUUACAGCUCUGAGCCUGGCCUUUCCACUUUGCAUCCCAUUAACUUAUCUAUUGUUUGAGAUUGUUCAUCCAAAAACUCUAUCAUCCUCUGUCUGGAACUGCUUUCCAGGUGCAUGCGGGCCUUGGGAUGGAGCGAAAAUGCUGGGGUGACAGGAAAGCUGGUUAACAAGGCAGAAUGACAGGAAAGCUGGUAACAAGGCAGAACUGAAAAGGAUAAGGUGUGUCUGCUCUGUUUCUUACCCUGCCCUUCUAGUGCUGCUUCCCUGGGAUAUUGGAUUAUUUUAGCUAUUUCAGAAGCAAGCACUUUGAAGUCAGAUCUGCAGCUGAGUGCAUGCAUGAAAAACAAAGCACAUAAUUUCACAGAUGUCACACUACUUUUUUAGUGGCUUCAGAACGUGAAUGUUACAGCUUUUUAAAAGGAGGGGGUAGAAAAGGAAUGACAAGAGGUAAAUGCAUGUUUCAGUGGUUAAGUUUUUUGAGACAGAUGAACUCAUUUUAGGUAAUCAUGUAAGAAAUUACAUGGAGUAUUUUAAUGGAGAAAAGGCAAAGAGAAAGGACACAAUUGUUGCUACCUUUUCUGGUUUUGGGGCACAUAAAACAAUUAGCUUAAAUACACCAUUUCUAAGCUUAAGAAGCUUUUAUGUGGGAAUACAUGAGGGGUUGUUACGAUAUGCUGAUGUGAAAAAAGGCAUUUAUUUUCAUUUCAGCAAUUGAAAAGAUAGUCUUCUAGGAUGCCCUUCAAAAGGCAGUGCUUUGUUUUGCUUAUAUUGCAUUGUCAACUCCAUAGCAUAACUUACUCUUUUGUGAGUGGUGUGCUCAUAUUAAACCAUUUCCCGCAGCUGGCUUUCCUAAAGGUCAACAAAACUGUUCUACAGAUACCUAGUAGGCAUUCUCAGUAUAAAUGGAACAUUGUGUGCAAACACUAAAUGUAUUUAGAAAACAAGAUUAAUUGUGUGUAAUCUUUGCUAUGCAGAUUGCUCUUUCAGUAAAACCUUACCCAGGCUGCAUUAAACCUGGCUGCUGCUCUGCUGUGUUGCUUUCUACACAGUUUCUUCUUUACACUCUGAUUUGACAAAGGGCACUGGCAGUCUGUUGAUUUCUUGUCCAGGUGAUUAAUUUCACCCAGCUGCUGCUUGUACACAGAGAGAUUACAGGCUUUACCUUCUGUAUUAACUAGUUGUGAUUUCCUAGUACUGUGCCCUGCACAUCUGUCAGAGGCUGCCUCAGCAGUGCUGGCAGAAAGCAGCAUCUGUCCCAUUCAUUGCCUGGCUUGUGAGUGCCCAUGGUGCAAAUUCUUAAAGCACAUGACUCUUUUUCCUGACCUCACUGAGAGAACUCCUGCCCUUCCUUACUAAAUUAUGUAAACUAUUACUCACUGAAUUAAGGCCUGACAUAUUUUGUUUUCACCCAUCAUGGUUUUUGCCUUUUUUGUUCCUUUUAGCAAUGCAAACUGAUGGAUUGAAAAAUUGUAAUUUUUGGUUUUUCAGGAGGAAAAAAA